AUGUUGUCAAUUUAUCUUGACAAGAGUUGUUCAAUGUGGAAAGUCCGAAAGAUUGUGGAGGAUCAUAACCAUCCUUUGAUACCGCUUAAAUUAGUUCACCGAAUUCCAAAUCAUCGUAUAAUGAUAGAUGCAGACAAGGCACAAGUGGAUAGCAUGCAUAGACAUGGCCUCCCACCUUCGAAGAUCAUGGGUCUUAUUGCUGGACAAGCCGGUGGUUAUGAAUUUGCUGGUUUUACAAAAAAAGAUUUGGAUAACUAUAUUGAAAGAAAUCUACGUUCAAAAAUCAUUGAAGGAGAUGUAAAUGCAACUCUUACUUAUUUGCAUGGAAAAGCAGAGGAUGAACCUAUGAUGAUUGUGAGACAUAGUUUAACAGAUGACGAUAAAUUGGAGCAUUUAUUCUGGGCGGAUGAUUUAAGUCGAUUUGACUAUCAAUAUUUUGGUGAUGUUCUAGCAUUUGAUUCUACCGACAGAAAAAAUAAGUAUAAUAGGCCGCUAGUUAUCUUUUCAGGCACAAACCAUCAUCGCCAAACUUGUAUUUUUGGCUUCGGUUUGCUAGCAGAUGAACAAACAAAUCAUACAAGUGGUUACUAG